GAGAGACACUGAGAGAGUGCUGCCUUGUGUGUGUCUGUGUGCAGGGUGCGGCUCUAGAGUGCGACACUGUACCCCCCAAAUAGCACCCUAGUCACCCCCCCCCCACUCACCUCCAGGGACUAAGGGGGCGUCCAAGGAUCCCAGCACUGAUAAUCUCCCUCUCCAGACCCUCCAUUGGAGCUUUGUGCCCCCCACCUCACUCCACACUUCUCAUCUCUUCCUCCUCCCCCCCCCCCCCAGCACUUUUAAUCCCUCUUUUAAGAUUUUUUUUUCUUUAAUUAUUUAAUUGCUCCUCCUCGUCCAGGAAAAGAAAGGAUCUGCAUGAGCAGAGGGGAAACUUCAUCUGCUAUUUGGUCUGGAAGUUCUGCAUUUCUUUCUUGUGUGGAUGAUUUUUGAGCCGGAAUUUCAUCUGGAUUGUAUUUCUGGGGACAAAAGGUGCUGAGAAGGAUUUUAAAAAGCAAAAGUCUAAACUUUUAUUGGAUUUGUUUUUAGAAAAAAAAAAAUAUAUAUAUACCGUACGUUUUUAAAAGGAAGAAGAGAUCAAGUCAGAACAGGAGGAGGUGUCUGCUGGAUUAGUAUCUGAUUUGAGAACGGAUGACGACGUUUUAGGAGAUCCUUUCUGUCACACUGUAAACUGAAGAAAAGAAGCCAGGGAGGGCCGUGAUAUCGGAAUGUUGGCUUUGCAAGCUCAGGGAGGAAACAGCAGGGAGCAAAAAACAGAGAGUGCCUGAAAAUGACUGCAAAAAGGAACCUGUUUGUGCGGUUGGUGCCAUGCCGGUGUUUGCGGGGAGAGGAAGAAACUGUGACCUCACUUGACUAUUCUCACUGCAGCCUGGAACAGGUGCCGAAAGAGAUUUUCACAUUCGAGAAAACCUUGGAGGAACUUUAUUUGGAUGCCAACCAGAUUGAAGAGCUUCCCAAGCAACUAUUCAACUGCCAGUCUCUGCACAAGCUGAGUUUGCCAGACAAUGACCUAACAAUAUUGCCAGCAUCUAUAGCAAAUCUCAUUAAUCUCAGGGAACUAGAUGUCAGCAAGAAUGGUAUACAGGAGUUUCCAGAAAAUAUUAAGAAUUGUAAAGUUUUGACAAUCGUCGAAGCAAGCGUCAAUCCAAUUUCCAAGCUCCCAGAUGGCUUUUCACAGCUGUUAAACUUGACUCAGUUAUACCUAAAUGAUGCUUUUCUUGAUUUCUUGCCAGCAAAUUUUGGCAGGUUAAUUAAACUUCAAAUUUUGGAACUUCGGGAGAACCAGUUGAAAUUGUUACCAAAAACUAUGAAUAGACUUACACAGCUUGAGAGACUGGAUCUCGGAAGUAAUGAAUUCACAGAAGUGCCUGAAGUACUUGAACAAUUAAGUGGGUUGAAGGAAUUCUGGAUGGAUGGCAAUAGGCUGACCUAUAUUCCAGGGUUUCUUGGAAGUCUGAAGCAACUAACAUACUUAGAUCUGUCAAAAAACAACAUCGAAGUGGUGGAAGAUGGAAUUUCUGGGUGUGAAAAUUUACAAGACCUUCUGCUGUCGAGCAAUGCCAUACAACAUUUACCAGACUCUAUUGGUGCACUGAAGAAAUUGACAACUAUGAAAAUAGAUGAAAACCAGCUCAUGUAUUUACCAGACACUACUGGGGGGCUGGUUUCCCUUGAAGAGCUGGAUUGCAGUUUCAAUGAGAUUGAAGCUUUACCUUCCUCUAUCGGGCAAUUUUCUCAGAUACGGACGUUUGCUGCUGAUCAUAACUUCUUAACGCAGCUUCCCCCAGAGAUCGGACACUGGAGGCAAGCCACGGUGUUGUUCCUGCAUUCUAACAAAUUGGAGUCUCUCCCAGAGGAAAUGGGAGACAUGCAGAGACUGAAGGUCAUUAACCUGAGUGACAACAAACUGAAGAAUUUGCCCUUUAGCUUCACAAGACUGCAGCAACUCACAGCAAUGUGGCUGUCAGAUAAUCAGUCCAAGCCGCUGAUCCCUCUGCAGAAGGAGACGGACCCGGACACGCAGAAAACAGUCCUAACUAACUAUAUGUUCCCGCAACAACCAAGAACUGAUGACAUUAUCAUCUCUUCAGACAGUGAAAGCUUUAAUCCAUCUUUGUGGGAGGAGCAGAGGAAGCAGCGAGCGCAGGUUGCCUUCGAGUGCGAUGAUGACAAGGAUGAGCGCGACGUUCCAGCCCGGGAAGGUAAUUUGAAGAGAUAUCCAACGCCAUACCCUGAUGAGUUGAAGAACAUGGUGAAAACUGUGCAGACCAUAGUGCAUCGGUUAAAAGAUGAAGAGAAGGCUGAGGAAGCCAAUAAAGAAUUGAAGCAAAAUGAAGUCCAACAACAGCUGACAAAGGACACAGGAGUGAAGGUUGUAGAACCUGUCCCAGAUAAAAAUGACAUAGAAGAAAAAGUAAAUAAUAUUGUGGGGAACUGUAUUCAGAAUCCUGAGAAAACCACUGAAAACUCACCGCAAACUAAUCUCACUAAGAACCUCUGGAAUGCAAAAACUGUUGUCAACCAUGACGAGACACUUGAGGAGUCAGAAGACCUGUCUUACGAUGAAGAGAUGAAGAUGGCUGAAAUGCGGCCGCCGCUUAUAGAGACUUCCAUGAAUCAACCUAAAGUUGUAGCACUGAGCAACAACAAGAAAGAUGAUAUUAAAGAUGCAGACUCUUUGUCAGAUGAAGUGACCCACAACAGUAAUCAGAACAACAGCAACUGUUCCUCACCAUCCCGAAUGUCCGACUCUGUAUCGCUAAACACAGAGAGCAGCCAUGACACCUCCCUGUGCUCGCCUGAAAAAGAAUCCAGUAUUGCCAUGAGCUUAAAAUUAAGACAAGAAGAUGAAAACUUAAACAAUAUUUUACACAAUGGGAGCAAAUUAAAUACUGUCAAUGAGAGAGAGAUAAGUGAGAUUCCAUCACCAAACAGUGAAGAGGAUUUAGUCCAAGAGAAAAGAAUAAACAGCACCAGCGAGAUGGCACAAAAUCUGAACCAGAUGAACAUAAACAAUAACCUGACAAGUGAUGAUGGCCUGUACUCCGAUACCCUGGAGCGCUCAAUUAUCUCACAAAAAGUCCUAUCCAGAAAGGGAUAUACAAAUAACAAUGAGAAACGGGAGCCUGAAGUGUUGGAGAACAGAAAAACGUACCCAGAUUUAUGUGCAAUGAACAAAGUCAAUGGACAUUCCCAAGAUGAACAGAUGUCCCCACAUAUGAGUGACGUAGUGAGGAGCGCAUCAGAGGAUUCAGUGCCUUCAUUUGAUAUGUGUGUUUCAAAAAGUACCGACGAUUUGUCUCCCCAGCUCGGAGAUUCAAUGAGCUCUGUUGUGAAGUCCCACAGCAUAACCAACAUUGAGACCGGUGGACUGAGGAUCUAUGACAUUCUCAGUGACAGUGGCUCUCCGCAGCCGCCAUACAUCGGUAAAUCUGCAGCAGCAGCUGGUGCUGAAGGACAAAAUAUUGUUAGAAGCAAGUCGGCCACUCUUCUGUAUGAUCAGCCACUGCAGGUUUUCAGUAGUUCGUCUUCCUCUUCGGAUCUGGUAUCUUCUGGGAAAAAAACAGUUUUCAAAUUCGAUUCCAACCACAACCCUGAGGGGGCCUACACUAUGAGAGCCCCUGCAGCAUCUCAGAUGCCCGCUGUGCCUCAGUAUAAUGUUCAAUAUAGUAGUAGUGGUAGUGCUUCAACGAAGGAUAAUCUGUGGCCUCAAAAACAGGGCACUUCUAUGGACCAAGGAGGUUUUCCUCCUCCACGUUACCAUAUGUCAGAUAGCAUAGAUAGCCCUAACUAUGCCAAACACCCUGCCAACAUGAAUUUCUCUAAUCAUAAUAAUGUGAGGUCUAGUAACACAUACAGUGUGCCUCAAAGAAUGGGACCAAGGCAUGUAGAAGCAUGGGCCAUGUCCCCAAAUGAUCGAGUCCUUCAAGGAGCUAGUCGUAACACACUUCAAAGACAAGGCAGCGUCUCCUCCAAUGCCUCUAUGGUUAUGGGUGAUCCAGGAACUAUCAGGAGGGUUGUCGUACCAGAUGGGGACUAUAUGACCUACAGAGAAUUACAUUCAAUAGGAAGACCUUCACAUCUGAUGGCAGGUCCACAGAGACCCAUGUCAGCGAGGACAUACAGCAUUGAUGGCCCUAAUGUACCAAGACCCCAAAGUGCACGUCCUUCUGUUAACGAUAUCCCUGAGAGAACAAUGUCUGUCAGUGAUUUUAACUAUUCUCGGACUAGUCCUUCCAAAAAGCCAAAUGCUAGGGUCAACUCUGAACAUUCUUUACUGGACUCACAAGGCAGGAGUAAAGUCCCUCAUGAUUGGAGGGAACAGGUCUUACGGCACAUAGAAACAAAAAAACUUGAAAAGAGCAUGCUGUCACGGUCCUUUAAUUCCACUUAUACCGCAGCUAGCGGUUCUCUGUAUGGCAGCUCUAGAGAUCUGCAUGGCAGCCAGGGCAGUGUUGCCAUGAGUGUAGCUGACAGAAGAGGUUCUGGUGUUCACAUACUUCGUCACCCGACAGCUGGGAGCACUGGUGAACCUGCACAAGAUGAUGUGUUUGGACCUGGGCAGCAAAACUAUGCAACACUGGUCCACAAGGAUAGCGCUUCUGAUAAUGGAAAGAAGAUGCUGUUGAGCAAUGGCCAGAUGAGCCAGCCAUCGAGGUCACAGAGCAACUACAGCCAGCUACUUCCUCACCAUCCCCAGCCGGCUGUGGUCAGGGUACGGCUGAUGAAGGAUCCUGAGCUCGGUUUUAGUAUAUCAGGAGGUGUUGGUGGUAGAGGAAACCCCUUCAGACCUGGUGAUGAUGGCAUAUUUGUGACAAGAGUGCAGCCUGAAGGACCAGCAGCUAAAUUAUUGCAGCCCGGGGACAAAAUUAUACAGGCCAAUGGAUACAGUUUUCUGAACAUUGACCAUGGACAAGCGGUGUUGCUGCUCAAGAAGUUUCAGAACGCAGUCGAGCUGAUUGUUUUGCGGGACGGAGCCGAGUAAAGGAACUCAAAAAUGAAUGGAAAGCCAGCAAUGAGUCAAGAGACUAAUUAGUAUCAAAACUAUUUUUCUAUGUAUAUAUCUUAAAGCCACAUAGAGAGAGAAAAAAAAAACAUGCACUUGGAUUUUGAUAAAACGAUUUCUACAGAGAUUGUCGGGGAUUGUAAACCACUGCAGAUAAAACAGCCGGGUUCAAAUGCCUUGCCGUCUGGGUGUUUGAAUGUUUGCUAAGUCUCACUUACAAGAACCAACCUGUGCUGUUUUUGUACAGAAUGUAGGUUUAUUUUUGGAUAACAUGUAUUACUAAAAACUUUACGAUAGAAAAAAAAAAAAGAGCCUCAACUGUAGCGAUGAGCAGGUGAGUGGCAGAGCUGUCUCUUCUGUGUGCACGCCUUUCUCUCUUCACAUCUGGUAUCACACCUUUGUGUUUUUUUUAUUUUUAUUAUAUUUUUCUGAAUCAAAAACCACUCGUGUGGAGUCGGGCAGGUUGAUGUGUUGAUGUUGGCUUUGCUAUGUGUACAUGGUAUAGCAAAAAAUGGUAAAGCAAAGUGUCGCAUACGGUUAGCCAGGUAAUGGAGCCACCUGUCCUAUACGAUUUCAUUGAACAUGCAGGAAAUAAGUGCUCUUUUCUUUUAUUAUAGGGGUCUAAAUGCCGAAAGCAACUUUAUUUUAUUUAAUUUUUUUUAAAGGCACGAAUAGCAUACUUUUUUAAUAAUCGUGAUAUCAGUGAUCCGUAGCUUUUUGAUGUUUUUAGAUUUUUUUUUAAUAAUUUUUUUUUAUUUUCAUGUGCAAUUUUUUUUAAACUGUAAUGAUAAAUUUAUGGAGAAAUUUUUAAACGUUUUUUUUUAAAUUUAUUUGACAUCUGUUCAUAUGCAAUAUAAAAGAUGCUGCCCUGGCUUAGCUUAGCCUGGGUCGUACUAGACAAAGCGGUGGGUUGGCCUGGAUUAGCAUCUAAUCAUAGUGCCCAAUUCUUGUUUUUACACAUAGAUUUCCAAAGUUUUUCAAAUUAACUUCACUUUUUUUUUUCCGGAGUAUCCCAGACUGUCCCGAAUAGGCUGUGUGCCUGGUGCGCCAGGUUCAUUCGUAAGUUCUUUUUUGGGGACAGAAACCUGUUUCCACAGAUGAAUGACAGGACACCGCUCCGACUGCCGUAGUAGACGGUGACGUUACCCCUGCAUCUCCUCUCACUCUACAUGGGACAGAAUGGCCUCUUGCCUUGCUAAAUGUCGUAGUGUUUGGUGCUAGGUAACCAAAGCAAGUGCAUGGAAAUGCAGCAGAAUCAUGAAGCAUUCUUGAAAGCAACUACAGCCUUGAAGGGUCCCGUGGACCUGUCGUCGGUCUGUAAAGUCAGAGACUAAAGGGCUCUUUUUGCAGGGAAUACUGAAAUGUGAAUUACAUGUGUAGAGUCAUUAAAGGGUUUCUAACGAUAUACUGUUUAGUCAUUUACCACGAGCUGCCUUUGUUCCUUAGCCUUGUAAAUAUUUCCAAUUUCUUAUGAUUUUAUUCACAGAGGAACAUUGUUCAUGUCUAGAUAUAUCUUUUCUUUCAUGGGUCUGGUGUAAAUGGGUAGAGGCUGCAGCGCUUCAUAACAUGUAGCUAUAUUAAAGACCAGGGCUAAGUGAUAUAUAUCUUAUUUAUGGGGUAGUAACAACCCCAGAGGGCCCUGAUCAACCUCUGCACACAAGCAUAGAAUUCAUUCUUACUCCCCAGCAGAUAGACCCACAGCAUUGACCGAUGCUCUCCAUUUGGAUACAUGCGAAACAUGAGUUUAACAUUGAGGGCCACUUAUGUAA